AUGAGACCAAGACAAGACCGAGGGAUCCGAGACCAAGACAAGACCAAGACCAAAGACGGUCGAGACUGUGACAAGACCGAGACCACCUUGUGUUUGUCUGUGUGUGUGACAGCUCAGAAGACGGCUCUGAUCGUGUACGCCCACCAGAGCCCCGGCUCGUUUAACGCGGCGGUCCGAGACGCGGCGGUGGAGGAGCUGACGGAGCAGGGCUACAAGGUCAUCGUGUCUGACCUCUACGCCAUGAACUUCAGAGCCAGCGCCACGCGGGACGACAUCAUCGGUGAUCUGAAGAACCCGGAGCUUUUCCAGUAUGGAGAGGAGACGAUGCACGCCUGGAUGGAGGAUCGGCUCAGUGAGGACAUCGUAGCUGAGCAGCGCAAAGUAGCAGAGGCCGAGCUCAUCAUCUUCCAGUUUCCGUUGUACUGGUUCAGUGUGCCGGCCAUCAUGAAGGGCUGGAUGGACAGAGUGCUGGCACAAGGCUUCGCUUUCUCCCUGGAGAAGAUGUACGAUAACGGCAUCUUCAAGGAAAAGAAAGCGAUGUUGUCCUUCUCAACCGGAGCAACGCAGUCUAUGUUCCACCCUGACGGCAUCAACGGAGACAUCAACGUCACACUGUGGCCUCUGCAGAACGGCACGCUGCACUUCUGUGGGUUUCAGGUUCUGGCUCCUCAGAUCUUCUGGAGUCCGGGUCACUGCCCCCCCGCGGUGCGGACGGCGAUGCUAGACGGGUGGCGCGCCCGGCUGAAAGGACUGUCGGCCGAAAAGUGUUUGACCUUUGCCCCCUGCGAGCUGUUUGACCUCAGCUUCCAAGGGGGGUUCAUGCUGCGGCCCGAGGUGAAGGAGGAGAGAGAGUCGCAGCCCUACGGCAUCUCGACCGGACACCAUUUAGGGAAACCGUUGCCGCCUGACAACCAAACCAAAGCUCAACCUGCAGCAGAGGAAAAC